CUUUAUUGAGCAGUACUAAAAAAAGUGAAACCUAAAUGAAGUGGAUCAUUUUGGUGUGCGCGCUGUGGGUACCGGCGACCCUGGCCGUGGAUUGGAUACCGGGUCGUGGGGCCAAAGUGGCGUUCAUCGAGCAGGAGGCCGAGCACGCCAACCAUAACGGCAAAGUGAUCGGCAAUGAUCGCCACUACGGGAAUCUCUCGUCGGAGGCCUCCCAGCGCCGGGCGGUCACCCUGGACGCCGUGGGCCAGUACGUGGAGUUCACCAUGCCCAUCAAGGCCAAUUCGUUUGUGGUUAGAUAUAGCAUACCAGACACUGCUGGCGGUAAAGAUAAGGAGGUUAGAGACGCGCCAAUAGACCUAUACGUGAAUAAUGCGAAGUACGCGACCCUGAUGUUCACGUCGAGGUACAGCUGGUAUUACGGCGGCUAUCCGUUUAACAAUAUCCCCGGCGAUCACCCGCACCACUUCUACACGGAAGUGCGUACCUUGUUCAAACAGGAAUACCCGGCUGGUACAAAGGUCAAGCUACAGGUGACCAGCACCGCCCAAUCGCCCACUUAUACCAUCGAUGUGGCCGACUUUGAAUUGGUGGGCCCGGCUAUACCACAACCCGCCGGCUCCUUAUCAGUGGCUGACUAUAAGGCCGACCCGACCGGUAAAACGGACAGUACGGCCGCCUUUCAACAGGCGGUUAACGCCGGUUCGCAGCAAAAGAAACCGGUGUACAUCCCGACCGGUACGUACCUGCUCUACGAUCACGUGAUCGUGGACAACGUACAAUUGGUGGGCGCGGGACCUUGGUACAGUGUGCUCACCGGGCGGCACCCGACUGACCGCUCGAAAGCGGUCGGCGUUUACGGCAAAUACGCCAAAGACGGCGGCAGUAAAAACGUGGUGCUCAAGGACUUCGCCAUUAUUGGGGACAUUCGCGAGCGAGUCGACGACUUUCAGGUGAACGCAAUUGGGGGCGCGUUAUCCAACUCAGUGGUGGACAACCUAUGGCUGCAACACACAAAGUGCGGCGCCUGGAUGGACGGCCCGAUGGACAAC